AUGCCCGUCCCCGACCACAUCCUCAAUGCCAUCGACUCCUUCUUCGACGACCUGUGGCGCGAAAUGCUGCCAAACCUCCAGUCCGACGACCCGCCGUUCGCUAUCGAGAUCAUCAAGGGCUUCAAAGUCUCCAAGAUCCUCCGAUACGGCUACACGCGGCUUGCUGAAGGAGACGAAAACUUAUGGGCCUACAAGAACUGGGACGAGUGCGACCAGGCGGCGCACUUGCUGUGCCCGAUAGUUGUGAAGGUUCUCGGAGUACUAAUCGCUGCGCGCGCAGAGGAAGGAGACAAAGUGGAGAUCGCCCACCUCUGGGUCGAACCAGAGCGUCUCGUCAAGGACCGGACCGACGACCGCAAGCAGCGCAUGCGUGGACACACCGUGAUUGUCUACACACUGAAAGACGGCCGACAGCGUGUCAUUGACCCAACGAGGUCCCAAUUUGGUUUCCAAAACGUCGAAAAGUCGUACCGCGAGUACUGGGAAGCUCACGCCCCCGUCAUACCCCCACAACCGCCGCAAUUGAUGACAUUUGGAGGACACAUAUUGAUGAUGCGUCGUCUAGCUGCAAGAUAUCGUUCUUUGCAACAGAUUGUGUUCUUUUACCACCUUUUCGCCGCCAAUGCUACCCUUACGUACAACAAGUGGGCGAAAGGGAGGAUUCAGGGGGGAACGAGGGCCCUAGAUGUGCUGGGAGGGGGGGGGACUGUGGCGAAAGGAGAGUUGUUGAAGGCAAUGCGGGGGUCUACGCUGCGUGUGAAAGAGAUGAUAGAUGCGUGGGAAGCGACGAAGAAGAAGUAA